AUGUCCGAAACUGCUAAAUUCAACUUAUUCGGCUCAGGAUCCGAAUCCAACGACGGCAAUGAUGAAUACGAUAUGCAGCUGCAGUCAAAGACUGAACAUUUUGAUGAAACAAUUAUGAAUCAAGAAUACCAAAAAGAAAAAAAUGAAACAAUGUUAGAUGAAACCAUUAGUAAUUAUGAUUUACCUGAAGGAUGGGAAAUAAUAGAUCAUGAUAGUGGUAUGCCCGUUUACAUGAAUACUGAAACAAGAGUAUGUUCAUUUUCAAAGCCAUAUUAUAUUGGAAUUAACAGUCUCAAAAAUCAUAAAAUUCCAAUAGCAAAUAUACCUUGUUUGAAUCAAAAAUUAAAUAAUGAAAUAGAUAUUGCAUCAACGUCUACUUCAAACGAAUGUCCCAAAACAUUAUGCCACGAAGAGUAUCGAAAUUACUGUAGUAAAGUAUUCAAAUUUAAGAAUAUUAAAUUUUAUAAAUUUAAUUCAUGGGUAAAACGCAGACAAUAUAUUCGAAAACAAAAAUCUGAUUUAAGGAUUAAAGAUCUUCAAAAAUCUACAAUAAUUCCAACUGCUUCUGAUUCUGUUGUUAAAAGUGAAAAUAAUGCAUUUAAUUCUGAAGACCUGCAACAUUUAAUUAAUUUAAAAGGUAAAAGUUACAUUGGUAUAUUGCAUGAAUACAUUCAACGUGUACUGAAAACCUCGAGUCAUUCAUUUAUGGUUAAAGAACUUGAACAAUCCAAGUAUCCUUAUUUAUCUACCGUAGUCAUAGAUGGAAUACAAUAUGGUAUUGGUACUGGCUCUACCAAAAAACAAGCUAAAAUAGAUUCCGCAAGAGCUACUCUUCAAAUAUUAUUACCUUCUAUUAAACAUUUUCAAACUAAUGAUUCUAAUCAAAGCAAGAAUGGAAUUGAAGAAAAUAAUUUUCUUGAACAAUACAAAAUCUUUGACAAAAUAAAGGUAACAGAUUCUAGAAUACCGCAAAUUUGUGCUCAAUCUACCGAAUCCACACCUUAUGAAAUGUUAAAGCUUUGUGUAAAAAAAAAUUUUGGUGAAGGUUCAAAUCUAUUGUGUGAAAUGGAACAGAUGCAAAGUGGAUCUGAUACAGACAAUUAUUAUCGCUGCACUAUGACUAUAAAAAAAUAUUCUGCAACAGUAAUUUGUAAAGAUAAACUUGGUGGACGCCAAAAAGGAGCUCAAGCUCUGUUAAAGGUAUUGCACCCUCACAUUCAUUACUUUGGUUCUUUAUUGAGGCUUUAUAGCCAUCAACAUUUUGAAUACACUGAGAACAAACCAAUUAGACCUAAAAUUAAAACAAAAAAAUAUAUAAGUCGUCCUGAUGUUAAUCUUCUCGAAACAUUGAGAACAGCUAUGUUAAAACUGGAAACUCAAACAAAUAAUAAUAAAUAA